UGAAACUAAAUAUUUUAUUUCAAUAAUAAAAAUUCUUUUAAGCCAGCCCCGACUAUUUCGCUUAAUCUGAGAGAGUUAGCACGAUUCCGUCCCGCUUGGUUCUCGACCGCCACAUCAAAGGCGUCGACACGGACUCUUCUAGCUGUCUAUUAUUAAGCUGUGGUGCAAUUACUGCAAUUAUGUAGUGGUAGUGAUUGUGUCUGAAUGUAGUGGACGAGAAAUGUGCAUGUAGUGUACUGUUCCAUAUGUUUAAUAUAGAUUUGAUUUUUAAUUUCAAUUAGCCUAUAUUAAACUAAUUUACGAUUCAUCCCAUACAUUUAUAUUUUUCUUCAUUAUUAUGGUAAUUUAAUUAAUGGGAAAAUCAAGGAAAACUAGGAAGAUAGUAGAAAAACGUUUUGCCAAAAUGAAAAAAAUGUUAAGUUUAAGUGAUCCAAGAAUAAAAGACGCACAGCGAGCACCACCAAGAAAAAAAAAAUCUGAAGAUCCUUACAAAGUUAAAGUCCAAGAUGUGCCUCAGAUUAGCUCAGCGUUAUUUUUUCAAUAUAAUACCCAACUUGGCCCUCCAUACCAUAUAUUAAUAGACACCAACUUUAUAAAUUUUUCAAUAAAAAAUAGAUUGGAUGUUAUACAGAAUAUGAUGGACUGUUUGUACGCUAAAUGUAUACCAUAUAUAACAGAUUGCGUGUUAGCAGAAUUAGAAAAAUUAGGGCAAAAGUAUAAGGUAGCCUUACGAAUUAUAAAAGAUCCUCGUUUUGAACGAAUCAGUUGCAUGCAUAAAGGCACUUAUGCUGAUGAUUGUCUUGUUCAGAGAGUUACUCAACAUAAAUGUUAUAUAGUAGCAACUAAUGACAGAGAUUUGAAAAGAAGAAUUAGAAAAAUACCUGGGGUGCCUAUAAUGUAUGUUUCUCAACAUAGAUAUACCAUUGAGAGAAUGCCAGAUGCUUACGGGGUUCCAAAAAUAUGAUGUGCUUGAUCCAAUUUAUUCCAGCAGAAAAAAAUAAAAUAGAAAUGGAAAAAACAUUGGUUUAUAUAAUAUUUAUAGUUUAUUAUAACAAAUUAGAAUGCAUAAAAUAUUUAGCAGUGACAAUUAUUGUAAAACGGUUGGAAGAAUGUAAACAAAUAAUUGAAUCGGACAUUUUAUCUUCAGUUUUCUAUACAUAAUUUUGCUUGUAAAAAUAAUCACAUUAACAACAAUUUUGAAGAAGGUGUAUAGGUCAUUAGAAAAUCAAAAAUAGCUGAAGAGAGAGGUAGUUCCAUUUUUAAAUUUUGAAAAGUAUAAUAAAAAAUCGUAAUUUAAUAGCAAGGAAAAAUGGUGAAAUUGAUUCGUCUCUGUUCUUAAUUUGUUUCACGAAUAUUUAAAUUUUUUAAUUACAAACUAUUUUUUAUUAAUAUUCGGAGUUUCUGUCGCAGAAAAGAAAAAAGAUACUUGUGGUUAGACAAAAUUGAAUUUAUAAAAUUAAUCUUUUGACUAGUCCAUUUAACAUAAUAGGUUUUUUUUCGUGUUAGUAAAUUACUUUUUAUUUUCAAUGGCAAAAUAAAAUAGUAAUAAAAACUACCAAGUAAAUAAUUAUAGACAAUACCUAUCUUAAGUUAUUUUUCUCUUCAGUUUCAUUUAAGUAAUUAUUUUCUCAACACCACAGAUGAUAGACAUACUAACACCAUAUGUGUCUAAAUCUAAAUUUGUUCAGUAAAAAUAUAAAUUUAACCUUAAUGUAACUCAACUGUUGACAGCGUUAACUUGUCGAAAUCUGCAGAUGUUAGGAAGGUUGCGUUAUUUUAUUGAACAUUUUGAUCCAAUAAAUUUCAUCAACAUAGUAUUGCUCCGUUUGAAAAAUAUUUAAUGUCUGACUAUAGAAUUCAUACAUACGCGGAAAAGAGGAAUAAAAGAACAUCGCUGAUUUAUAGUAAUUAGUAAUAUUAGAUUUAUAAUCUAAUAAUAUCUUAAUUGAGAAAUAGACGUAAAUAAUUUUGUAAUUUUUUGUAACUAUCGGUAACUAAUUAAAUAAGUUCCCUGACCAGGAAAACUCAUUAAAAAGCAUUUUUUAUUUAAAUGACUUUUUUCAAGUGUAAAACUAGUGUAAAGAAUAUGUUACAUUUUGUCCAACAGUCAAAAUUAGUGUGCAAAUGAAAACUGUUCUACAAAAUGCUCUUAUUCUAUAUAAGUUUUAUAUCUGUAAAUAAAACAUACAAAAACGAUAGCGGACUUGCUUAAAUAUAGGGCGAGUCAAACAAAUAAUACUUUAUUCUAACUAUAUAAAAUAAAUGUAUUACAACUUA